AUGAAUUCGGUGCUACUAGGCUUCUUACGCCAAGGAACCGUUGGUGGGCGAGUGAUGGCCCGCGAUAACGGCAAAUAUCACCUGAAGCACAAGCUAGCUGACUUCGAUGCGGUAUCUCUAUAUCCAUCUGCUAUGAGUGAGCUCCCGGGCUAUGUCAGAGGCAAGGGAAAGCUUUUCAAGGAGUCGAUCCCUUCUGAUGCGGACUACUACGUGGCUCGUGUCCGCUUUGAGUCUAUUGAUAUCAAACGCCACUUUCCUCUACUGAACAUUGUUCGUUUCCAAGGAGCCAUACACACGGUAAUCGAGGGUAUCUAUUGGAACGAAGGUUUCAACGACCAGAUCACCAAGAUCAUCCGAAAGAUGUUCAACGCUCGUCUCAAGUACAAAGUAGAAGACAAUCCGCUUCAAGAGGUACUCAAGCUGAUGAUGAACAGCUCGUACGGCAAGCUCCUGAUGAAGCCGAUCGUGAAGACGAAGGUUUUCGUUAGUGGCGGCGAUAAGAAGAUCGAUGCAUACACUCGCAAGAACAUUCAUCGAAUGAUUUCGAGAACGCCAAUCAGCGAUAAUCUAGCUAUGUUUGAAGAGCACAAGGCUCUGAGUCAGCAUUUCACUCCGAUUCAUCUCGGUAUCCAGAUUCUCGAUUCAUCCAAGCAUAUCAUGAACAGAGUCAUGUGUUUGGCAGAAGACAUCAAUGCGAACAUAUGGUAUCAAGACACUGAUUCCAUGCACAUCGACUACGAUAGUGUUCCGCGUCUAGCAGAUGCAUACAGAGAGCUGUACAAUAGUGAGUUAAUUGGCAAGCAAAUGGGUCAAUUCCACGUAGAUUUCGAUCUUGCUGGAUCGGAGGGCAACAUCUGCGCCAAGGAGUCAAUCAUUCUUGGCAAGAAGAGCUACCUUGACGUUCUUUCCUGCGAUGGCAACGAUGCGACAGGUAUUCAUAUCCGCAUGAAAGGCAUUCCCGGUAAGCUACUCGAGGGAGAUGCAUACGCAACAUACAUUAAGCUAUUCAAUGGUGAAUCAGUAUCCUUCGAUUUAACCGAGCUGUGCUCGAUUAACAUCAACUCUAAGACACAAUCAGUGUCUAAGCGUUCGAAUUUUACACGCUGUGUUUCAUUCGUGUAA